GACAAAGAUACAAAUUAGAUUCAAGUCUGCGUCAUUACAUGCUAAGUUUGUUAACUGUUCCCUAAUUUUGAUUACUACUCAGAUAAACAUCUAAUAAGCGAUAAAAAGAAAUCCGGUUAAUCACAUCGUACCGACUGGUAUAACUUAAGUGAUCAACCCAUAACCCAACACCCGGUCUGAUUCGGAUAAACCGCCUCAACGCUGCGUUUUGAAACGCUGACUUGUGUGGGAGAAUGCGCGAGCCGUAGUGGAGCUGUCGUCGCCGGGAGGAAUCAAGAUGCUUCGCGGCGGAGGCUCGUGGGUCGGAUUCGCGACCCGGUUGAAGCAGUUUAGGAUCCGACGUCUCUGCACGAAAGGAGAGAACGGCGGGAACAAACCGGAGAAACCCGAAUCGAGUGUUGUUGUUGUUUCUCGAUACGAUGAGACUUACAAGAAACUGGAUAAGCUAGAUUUCGUGACGGCUGCGAAGAUCUUGUUCACUGAACCACCCAAGAAGAAUAAAUUUGGGCUUGAUUGGCAUGUGGUGCAGUUCAUUAUCGUCUGCUUGCCAUCUCUAGCUGUGUAUUUGGUUGCUCAGUAUGCUCGCCGUAAAAUGAAGAUCAUGGACGCCGAACUUGGAGGGAAGAAGAGAAAAGAAGAAGAAAAGAAAGAGAAAGAAGAAGCUGAAAAGAGGGCAUUAGAGGAAGCAGAAGCAACCAAGUCUCAGGAAGGGUUAAUGGAGAUGAAAAAGAGACUGGGAAAAAUCGAAGAGACGAUAAAAGAGGUUGUUCUGGAAGCAAAGAAACCUUCAGGGAAUGGUCCAACCAAAACACAAGACGAUCAAUCUGCUAAACUCCCACCAAAAGAAGUUUCUAAACCGAGCAAGGAGCAGAAGGACAAUGUACAGAAACAAGGAGAGAAUCCUACAAAUGUGGAUUCACCCUAGACCUCAGUGAGAUGAUUAGAGAAAGGAAACUUAGGUGGUAGAUGAAGAAGGAUAUGUUUUGAUUUUGGAACCGAUGCAGUAGUUGACGCUAUUGGCUUGUUUUGCUUUCAUUUCUUGACUCAUUUCAGGUUUAAUACAAGAUCACACAAGGAUUUAAAGAAAAAACGUUCCUGUAUGAGGGAACAAAACCCCACAUUGACCUCGUUCUGAUUGAAAAAUGGUUAUGUAGGCUGC